GGUGGGUGUUUUUUCCUAAGAUCAUGCUUCUAGAAAUGUAUGGGGUAAAAGUCAGAAACUAUGCCUCGUCUUACCAGCAAAGUCUGCCCAAGAUUGCAUCACCUCACAUGAAUAUUAUUCCCAAAGAUAAAGAUCAGAUGAAAUUCACUAUCAAAAACACAUAGUUGCAUAUUUCCAUUCAAUUUGUGAGAUGAAGUACCAAAUUGCACCUUCAAUCUGAUUUGUGCUUGUUUUCCUAAACACGCAAGAGGAGUAGUGGGUGUUUUUUCCGAAAUAGAGUAAUUCUAUUAGUUGAUAAUAAAUAUUACAAAAUUUUGGUCAUUUGAAAUAGGAGUAUGAAUUAUCCUACAAGCGAAAGCUACUCUUCCAUAGACUUAGCCUCACUAUAAAUUCCAUUAAACUCUCUCAUGUAUUUCAUCUCCUACCACUCCAACACAAACACAACAAUGGGGGUUCUCAUAGCCUCCACUUUCUCCUUGGUUAAGUUAAUACUAUGGAUGUCAAUCAUGAGCAACUUCAUCUCCAUCUCUUCAUCCAACCCUAUUUGCGAAUCACCAUAUCCACCCCAUGCAAUCCCGGUGUAUGUAGAAGACGUCGAUACAUUGCAAUUUGCAGUGAACCUGGAGUUUUUGGAAGCUGAAUACUUCUUGUGGGCAGCACUCGGGUACGGACUUGACCAUGUUGCGCCCCAGUUAGUUCUGGGCGGCCCCCCUCCCAUUGGCGCCCAAAAAGCCAAGCUUGAUUCUCUUACGGGGAAUAUCAUCACAGAAUUUGCGUAUCAAGAAGUCGGACAUCUCAGGGCUCUUGAAAAAACAGUAGGUUUGUUUCCAAGGCCUCUAUUGGAUGUAAGCCCGAAAAACUUUGCAAAACUGUUUGAUGAAGCAUUCGGGUAUGAACUCGAUCCUCCAUUCGACCCGUAUCGUGAUAGCCUCAGUUACAUGUUGAGUUGCUACGUGAUUCCGUACAUGGGACUUGUUGGUUACGUUGGAGCAAAUCCUCUUAUCAAUGGUUACCAGACUAAGCGGCUCUUGGCAGGACUCUUGGGAGUUGAAUCCGGCCAAGACGCGGUUAUACGAAUGUACCUCUACGAGCGAGCUAAAGAACUUGUGCAUCCAUAUAACCACACGGUGGCCGAGUUUACCAUCCGCAUUUCAGAGCUCAGAAAUCAGUUAGCGAUGUGUGGCAUCAAGGAUGAAGGCAUCAUUGUCCCACCUCAGCUAGGAGCGGAAAAUCGUACAGAGAGCAACGUCUUAUCGGCUAAUUUCGACUCCAUCUCUUAUAGGAGAACUCCAGGGGAGAUCCUGCGGGUCGUGUAUAGCACUGGCAAUGAGCAUUUGCCUGGUGGGUUCUACCCUCACGGAGGAAAUGGAAGAAUAGCCAGAGAAUUCCUGAAAAAGCCUCAUUGAACGUAUUACUGGCUUAAUUUGCUCUGUACGAAGAUAUAAUAUAUGCAUGUGAAGCAAAUAAAGAAAGGGCGACUGCUGAGAUGUAAUGUUGUUGUGACGAUUACAGUAAAUAAUACGGCAGCCAUUUGUUUU